CUGGAGUUAGUCAUCUUACAAUCGGAGUAUGUCACACCGGGUUGAAGGGCUCCGGCAAACGUACGAAGGGUAAUCAAGAAGAUACAAAGGCGAUACCAGACUAAAACAUAACGUUUCAUAACUUUUGAACUAACAUCAAAACGCGCGCAAUGAGUUCUAACGAGCACUCACUUCAAGCUUUGUCAUGGAGAAAACUUUACUUGAGUCGAGCUAAACUUAAAGCGACCAGCAGAACCUCUGCCCUGCUCUCCGGCUUUGCUAUGGUAGCGAUGGUGGAAGUGCAGUUGGAGGACGAUCACUAUUACCCUCCUGGCCUAUUGAUUGCUUUCAGUGCCUGCACAACAGUGUUGGUGGCCGUCCACCUCUUUGCCUUGAUGAUCAGCACAUGUAUCCUGCCAAACCUGGAAGCCGUGAGCAACGUCCACAACCUCAACUCCAUAAAGGAAUCGCCACACGAGCGGAUGCACCGUCACAUCGAGCUGGCCUGGGCCUUCUCCACCGUCAUAGGCACCCUUCUGUUUCUUGCAGAGGUGGUUCUUCUCUGCUGGGUGAAGUUCCUUCCUCUGAAGAAUAUACAACCUCCCCCGAAAAAGAAUGAUAGUAGUAUAACCCCGGGGGAAGCCGCAGCAAUCGCCUCUACCGCCAUCAUGGUGCCCUUUGGCUUGGUGUUUAUCGUUUUCGCUGUGCAUUUUUACCGUUCGCUGGUCAGCCACAAGACAGAGCGGCAGGACGAGGAGUUGGAGGUUCUGGCCAAAAUCACACAGAUGCAAAACCAACUGGAUAACAGGGGAGAGGCAAAUUUUGCUUAGUCUACCUACUUAGAUGAGUCCUUGUUCUCACGCCAAACACUUUCCCAAAAUAUGGAAUGUUGUCACAAAUGAAUGGACACUAGAUGGUAGGAAUCAGGGAUUCUGCAAUAUGUUAGUAUCACAAUAUUGUGAUGCCUUGUGUUUUUCUUGUUAACAUACAAACCUUGAUACAGAUGGGGAAUCUGACAUUUGUAACACCACGCUAUUGUAAACGGCCAUCAUCUGUUCAGCCACAAAUAAUAGUAAGAAAUUCAGUUUUAAAGAAAUUUU